AUGCCUAAGCUAAUAAGUGUGCUGUAUCAAGUCACUCGCGCUGCUUUUGCAGUUGCUCUGUUCGCACUUGGUACUCAAAUUUAUAUCAGAGCAGUGGUCAAUGAUAUCGAAAGCCAUGUUCCGAAGGGCUCUACUAGUACACAACCAAGCCCUAGCAACAUUCUUGCUAACGAUUCAUCGCUCCAUUCACUCACAGAACUCAUAUUUGGCGACACCAGGCUGUCAAGAUUGCAACGCAUUUUAGCGGAUAUGCCUGCUGCAUACAGGGCUUAUUUCGAAUCACACGAUCAAUUGACCGUCUUCGCCCCCGUUGAUGAAGCCUACGAUCUAGAAACAUUUGAGUGGGAUAACCCGAAUUUUUACUGGAUGUUUCUUGAAGCGUAUCAUUAUGUUAUAGGAAAUUUCUCACUGGAAGACCUAGCGGCGAAACCUACCGUACCAGCUGUUCUGUGGGCGGAUAUCUACAUGUCUUACAGACAGCGUAUAAGCACUCAGUUAUUAUCUUCAGAUACGGUGAAACUGAACCAUAGGGCGACCAUUGUCAAACCCAGUUUGAAAGCGAAGAACGGGUAUCUUCAUUAUGUUGACCGUGUUAUGAUGAUGCCGAUAUCUACAGCAUAUGUUACAAGGAAUUGGCCUGAGUUUACCCUUCUCCGGAAAGGUCUCGAUGAUACCGGACUUGCCGUAAUAGUCAAUGAUACCUCAACCCACAACGGGCAGACAUUGUUCGCUCCAUCAAACAGGGCUUUUGCCAAGCUCGGUAAGGAUGUCACUGAUUUUUUGUUUGGUCCGUGGGGAAGAGAAUGCCUUAGAGCCUUGCUGAAGUACCAUGUCGUUGCGAACGAAACCCUCUUCACAGAUUCCCAUUUUAAGGCCAAUGGCAGAGGACCGGGGUUAAUCAAUAACGAGGUAGCCCCAGGAUUUGAGUUGAACAUGUCAACGAUGAUACCACCUCUUCAGCUGAAAGCGAACAUCCACUACAAUAGAGAGCGUGGAAGUGGAAAAAUCCGGGUCAACGAUGAAGUCGAUGUGACACAGCCAGAUAUUGUUGUUCAAGAUGGUGUGAUCCACGGAAUUGAUGAUAUUAUUUUCCCACCAAAGCUGGGUGCCAGUACCACAAAGGAUGGCCAGGGCAGUAUUUCUAUUUGGGACAAAAUAAAAGUCAAGCUGUUUGGAACAAAAACUACGAUGACUGUUGAGGAUAUUAUGGAGAGGUUUCAGCCAUAUCUUGAUCAAACCCUUUAA